AUGAAUGUAGACAGCAAGAUUCCAGGGCAUCUGGUGACUGAUAAGAGAGCCAUUAUCUUGGCUAUCAUUUUAUUCCUAUUGUGCUUGGUGGCAGUGGUGGGCAACAGCUUCAUCACUGCAACACUGGGCACCAAAUUGUUGCUGCAGAGAAUGCUGUCACCUUGUGAUGAGUUAUUGAUCAGUCAAGGGGCCUCUCAUUUCUGUCUGCAGUGAGUGGUGAUAAGAAAGAGCAUUUAUAUUUUCCUACAUCCAUGGGCCUUCCCAUACAAUCCUGUAAUGCAGUUCUUAGCCUUCCAGUGGGAUUUCUUGAAUGCUACCACUUUAUGGUUCUCCACCUGGCUUGGUGUCUUCUAUUGUCUGAAAAUUGCUGCCUUUAUGCACUCCGUCUUCAUCUGGUUAAAACUGAAGGGGUCUGUAUGGAUGCCAUGGAUGCUUUUCAGCUCUCUGAGACUCUCUCGCUUAAACACCAUCCUAGUUUUCAUAGGCAACCAAUGCAUAGAGCACAACUAUUUAAGGAGAGGUAUGCAAUCUUGGAAUGUUACUUGGAAUAGGAGGAAAUCAUAAGAGAAAUUUUACUUCUUCCCUCUAAAAAUUAUUACCUGGACAGUCCCUAUUGUGGUCUUUUUCAUUGGCAUGGUUUUGUGCAUCAUUCUAGGAAGACACACCAAGAAGACCCUCCUGACCAUCUCAGGCUUUUGAGAUCCCAGUGCUCAGGCACACUUCAUGGCUUUCCCGGCUCUCAUCUCUUUUGCAUCUUAUUUUCUGUCACUGGUGCUUGAUGCUGCAGGCUUUUUUCCAGCUCAGGAAUUUCAAUACUGUGUGUGACAGGUAGUGAUUUAUCUGUGCACAGCAGUGCACCCUAUCACUCUGUGCUUGAGCAACCCCAGGCUGAGAGCUAUACUGGAAAGGGGAUGUUUCUCAAGGUGUGGGGCAUCUUGA